UGGGGGCAGAAAUCGCUUCAGUACGUUCGGAUGUUUCAUACAAUGGAACUGUUAGUGGCUUCUGCCCAGUGAUGAGAAUACGGGCUAUUUCCUACACCGGAUGUCAAAAUACCUGCUAGCGGGUACGGGAAAUCGCCCUGCUUCAGCGUUAUCCCCUCAAGCGGCUUCCAGGCGAAUUUUGACUUGAGAGCCAGCCCCUGUGCCGCUUAGGCACGCCCCCUCCACUUCCGGCUCCUCCCCUAUUCGCAUGUGCCCGCCCUCUUCACAUGGCUAUUUUAAUGCAUGACGUCUUUCGGUGCUAUAUUUGGCCCCCGAAGCACCGCCCCCUUGGAGGCAGGGCUAGAGGGUGGGCGGGAAGACUAAAGCUUGUUGCGUUUUAUUGUUUUUGCGGAUUGCUGAAAGUGACAAAGGGAAUAAGUGUGUGUAUAUGUGCUAUAGGGCUCUGAGAGAGCAGGCAUGGGUACAUUCUGUGGGAACAUUACAGCGCAGAACUCCCACUCACUGCUCAGCCUGAGCCCCGCACGUACAGAAAGUGACAAACAUCCUGUGAGGAGAGGGGCGCCAGUCAGCUGACCUGCACCGAAACUGAACGGGGUGUGGCCUCGCCAAACAGCAUCUCCUCACUUGUUUGUUACAAUGGUCUUGUGACUGUGGGGAGAUACCAGUUACAGAGUGGUGCCGGGGUGCCUGUGGACUUCAUGGAUAUUUGCGAGUCCAUCCUUGAAAGGAAGAGACACGACAGCGAGAGGUCCACGUGCAGCACUUUAGAGCAGAAUGAUUUUGAAGCCGUGGAAGCGCUGGUGUGCAUGAGUUCUUGGGGGCAGCGGUCACAUAAAGGAGAAGUGCUCAAGAUGAGACCUUUAACUCCUGCCUCCGACUCGUCCGACUUCAUCAUGCAUUGCGACUCCGCACAGCAGCUGCCCAAGGAUUAUCAUUCCAUCUCUAUGCUGUGUAUGACUCCACCCCGCAGCCCUGAGUUUGCAGAACCCUGCACUACGCUCCCAGCUGCCUCCCAAGUGACAUAUUCUAAGCCAGUAACAGUUAUGUCAAGCAGUUCUGCCUGUUCAGUUAGUUCUUCAGUUGUGUACAAGCCACUGGUUUCAAGCAUCCCCAGGGCACCUUCUCCGGCAGUGGAAGUAUGUAAGCCAUGCAGGGCAAUGGCCACCAGCGUGAUACGCCACACAGCCGACAGCUCUCCUUUCCGUCGCAUACCCGAGCCACCAGCACAAGCAAAAGCACCAGCACCUAAAUGCACUGCCGAAAAGAAACACAAACCUGAUCAUUCCAAACCCCCUGAAGAAGCACCAGCCCCACAGAACCCUUCCCACACACUGCAUCGGCCUCAGCCCAAACACCCCUGUACGGGCAAUACAGAAGCAGGCAACCAGCAGCCAGUGGCAUUUGAAAAUGAUCAGCCUAAGGAGGCCAACCAGUUGCUUCCCAUUUCUGUUCCUGUGUCCAGCUCGCCGCUGCUCUGUCAGAUGAUUCCAGUUACUGGGCAGGCAGGCGUUAUUUCUGCUUUUAUUAAGCCUCCUUCCCAGCCGAUUUCUAAUACAGUAAAGCCUAUUCUCCCCCAGUCUUCCCCCGUCUCCCAGCCAGUGCUCAUGGGAGCUCCAGUGUCUCAGGGUGCUUUAAUGCUUGUGCUUCCUCAGGCUCCCAUCCCCCAGUCCCCCCAACAGUGUCCUCAGACUCUCGUGGCUGUAGGUAACACUAAGCUCCUCCCUCUCGCUCCAGCCCCUGUUUUUAUUGCUUCCGGACAGAGCAGCCCCCCACAAAUGGACUUCUCUAGAAGGCGCAACUACGUCUGCAACUUCUCUGGGUGCAGGAAGACCUACUUUAAAAGUUCCCACCUAAAGGCGCACCUUCGUACACAUACAGGGGAAAAGCCAUUCAGCUGUAACUGGGAAGGAUGCGAUAAGAAAUUUGCUCGCUCUGAUGAACUUUCCAGGCACCGAAGAACUCACACAGGGGAAAAGAAAUUUGCCUGCCCCGUGUGUGACCGCAGAUUCAUGCGCAGUGAUCACCUUACGAAGCACGCCCGGCGACACAUGACCACAAAAAAAGUGCCCGCUUGGCAAGCGGAAGUUGGGAAACUGAACAGAAUCUCUGGGACAGACAAAGUACAAAGUUCCGGCCCAUCACUUGGCAUGGUGGUGUCUAUGCCCGCACCGAUCUAAAACUUUGUGCCAAAUGUAAUAUUGGACUCUCGGAAACUCCAAAGACUUCAACUGUGCCCACCGCAUUCGCCAGUGAUGCCCUGGGGCCCAUCCAGUGUAACUCUGUGUGACACAACUUCUAAACAAUGCAAGUUUAUUCUGUUUUGCUAACCUCACUGACUGACACCAUAUCUUGUUCUGGCAAUAAGCAAAGACUUUCCUUGGAGCGAGCCUGCUCCAUCCAGUGCGGACACUUUUAUCUGCUUCCUUGACUUUAUACCUUGUUUUGAGCAGAAAUAAAAAAUAAGUAUAUGUGCAUUUCAGGCUUCCUGGCAGGUCCAACUUCAGGGCUUGCUUAUAAGGGAAGCAAAAGAGAGAUCUUGGCCAAGAUUCUUUGUGGCAAAAUCUGUGCACAGGAUUUAAGGAUGUGUCAGGCAAGCUUCAAGGAGGGAAUGGUUGGCUUGGACCAUAGGAUUUCAUUAGAUAAAGUGUAAACUAAGGCCCAUGGCACAAGCUCUUUCAGGUGUUUUGGCAGUCCUUUCCCAUGCCUAAAUUUACUUUUACCCCAGUUGCUGGCAAUAGAGAUGUGUGGAAACACCAGAACUAUCAAUUCUGGCCUCAAAAUGGCUACAUGUGCUAUAGCCCUAAGGCACGUAGGCAGCAAUGCUGUAUAUGGAAACCCCUGCCUUAGCAUCUGGCCAAAUUUAGGAGAUUGUUUAUUAAAAUAGAGCAGUGAUUUCUGGACUUUUUCGGGCUAAGCACCUCUUUUGAGACCACACAUUUGGCUGGGGCCCCUUUUAGCUUAUAAUAAGGUUGUAAACAUCAUAAUAUUUGGGACAGAAAAUGUGCUCACCCCAAAUUUCACUUGCAAGCUCAGCUUUUUGGAGCAUCUAAGGUGGAAUAGGGGUCCUUUAUAAACAAUAGGCAAAUUUGUACCUGGGCAGUAACCCAUCAGUGUUCAGUGUUGAACUGUCAGCUGGCUGAAAAAGGCAAAGCACUGACUGGUUGCUGUAGGUUACUGCCUAGGUGCAAAUUUGCCCAGUGUUUAUUAUUGAGCCAUCUCCUAAUCUAACUGCUAUUUAGUCUUCCCCCCACAGCCUGGGGACCACUGCCUUAGAGCAAUAGGGUGAAUUAACAUCAUACAGUGCUGCCAUGGGGAACUGAAAACAUUAGAGAGGGAAAAUAUACUAUAUUUUAAAGAAUAUACCUUUCAUUUUUUUCCCUAAAAUGUAGACGCAAGUAUAAACGUUUCGCUUACUGCGAGCACAGGGUGGUCUCACCUUGCAUUCAGCAAUACAGUACCAUGUGUCAUGCUGGCACGUCCCUUGACUUGGGGGCAUGAUUUGGAACUGCACCACGGGAUGGAAUUGCCAUAAGCAAUUAGUGUAGUAAGUCCCUAAACCAAUUAAUAUAUAAUAAAUUAAAACUGUGUAGUUGGUAAGCCUUUCCUUAAUACCUUGCCGUGUCCAUUUGGGAAAAUAAAUGCUUCUACAGGGUAUGUUUCCCCUUUAGUAUUUGGGACAAUCCAUGACUGCUGCUUUGCCUGUGUUUUUUUUUUCCAUAUUCGCACUGUACAGUACAGUUUAUUAUAUUACAUAAAAACCGGCCAGAUAGUUAACUUUAUUUUUAACUCCAGACAGACGUUAUGGUCACUUUGUAUGUCUAUCAAAGGGAAUUUGAUACAGCUUGUUUAAGUAUAUUGCACUAUUCUUUAUAUGUAAUGUUCCAAUGUACGUUAUUGUCCUGUAUGUAUUAAAUUGGUUUUCUUUUUUAACACGGA